AUGGCGUUGGUCAAGUCAAAGGUGCGUUUGUCUCUUUUACGAUAUAGUCUCUCUCCUGUUUCUCAGCAUAGCUUUAGACUCUAUUCUUCUUCUUCGGAAGCCUCCGAAGAAGAAGAUGAAGUAAAGGAGAGUGGUAACAGUGCUGUUAAUAUCGUAUUAUCUUCUGAAGAAACCCUAGUUGUGGAAAAGUUUCAUUCUCUGAUCAAAAGCCACCAACGAAAAAACACUAACCCUGAUCCUAUCUCUCCAAAUCCUCACUAUACUAUUGCUAGUCUGAGUUUCGAUUUUUCCCAAAUCUCCUCCGCGGAUUCUGUCUCCUCCGCCAUCGUCCGCCGCGUGAUUGAGAAAUGUGGUGGUGUCCGCCACGGCAUUCCCUUUCCCCAAACACUAGCGUUCUUCAACUGGGCGACGAACCUUGAAGAGUUUGGGCACUCUCCCGAACCCUACAUGGAGAUGAUUGAUCUAGCCGGGAAGGUACGGCAAUUCGAUUUGGCGUGGCAGUUGAUUGAUUUGAUGAAAACGCGAAACGUAGAAAUCCCGGUUGAGACGUUCACCAUCCUUGUUCGGCGGUAUGUGAAGGCUGGAUUGGCUGCAGAAGCGGUCCAUGCGUUUAAUCGUAUGGAGGACUAUGGCUGCAAACCUGAUAAGAUUGCAUUUUCUGUUGUGAUUAGUAGUCUAUCUAAGAAGAGAAGGGCAAUUGAGGCUCAGUCCUUUUUUGAUAGUUUGAAGGAUAGAUUCGAGCCUGAUGUGGUUGUGUACACUAGCUUGGUUCAUGGGUGGUGCCGAGCAGGCAACAUUUCAGAAGCAGAGAGGGUUUUUGGGGAAAUGAAGAUGGCUGGAAUUCAGCCCAAUGUGUAUACUUACAGUAUUGUGAUUGAUGCAUUGUGUAGAAGUGGACAAAUUACGCGUGCCCAUGAUGUUUUUUCAGAGAUGAUUGAUGUAGGGUGUGAUCCAAAUGCUAUCACUUUCAACAACCUAAUGCGGGUUCAUGUCAAGGCAGGUCGAACGGAGAAGGUUUUACAAGUUUAUAAUCAGAUGAAGAGGCUUGGAUGCCCUCCUGAUGCCAUCACAUACAAUUUUCUCAUCGAGAGUCAUUGCAGAGAUGACAAUCUUGAAGAAGCUGUUAAGAUUCUUAAUUCAGUUAAGAAAGGGUGUAACCUAAAUGCAUCAUCUUUCAAUCCGAUCUUUGGAUGCAUUUCAAAGUUGGGGGAUGUCAAUAGUGCCCACCGCAUGUUUGCUAAGAUGAAGGAUUUGAAAUGUAGACCCAAUACAGUGACAUACAAUAUAUUGAUGCGGAUGUUUGCUGACAAAAAAUCAACCGACAUGGUUCUCAAGCUCAGGAAAGAAAUGGAUGAAAAUGAAAUUGAGCCUAAUGCGAAUACUUACCGGGUCCUAAUUUCAACUUUCUGUGGAAUUGGGCAUUGGAACAAUGCAUACUCGUUCUUUAAGGAGAUGAUUGAGGAGAAAUGCUUGAGACCAAGUCUGCCAGUUUAUGAGAUGGUGCUUCAGCAGCUGAGGAAGGCAGGGCAGCUAAAGAAGCAUGAGGAAUUGGUGGAGAAGAUGGUGAAUAGGGGAUUUGUUACUCGGCCUCUAUAGGAGUAGCUUAUGCAUCUAUGAAUUAAAUUAGGUAACCUGUAAUUUGCUCUGUUGUCAUUUGUUUUGGAUCAUGGUAACUUAUUUUUUCAACACUCAGAGAUCAAAAUUUUUGGCCCUGUAUGACAGAAUAAUGAUGCGGUUGCAGCUUCUCAGAACUAAUUUUGGAAAUUUAUUGUUAAGGAUUUAGAAAAUCACACAUUGGUUCUUUCAAUAUGAAGUUCUUUUCUAAA